UCCCAGCCAAGCUCCUGUUGGUAGGAACCUGCUUGGCCUUGGGUCUGAGGGGGCUUGGAGGUGGCUGUGGCUGUGGCUGUGGCUGUGACUGAAGCAGGCGUCGGGGGGAGGCCACAGGAAAGAGGGCGCCAUGGACGAUCAGGGCUGCCCCCGGUGUAAGACCACCAAAUACCGGAACCCUUCGUUGAAGCUGAUGGUGAAUGUGUGCGGACACACUCUGUGUGAAAGUUGUGUGGAUUUACUGUUUGUGAGAGGAGCUGGAAACUGUCCUGAGUGUGGCACUCCACUUAGAAAGAGCAACUUCAGGGUACAACUCUUUGAAGAUCCUACUGUUGACAAGGAAGUUGAGAUUCGGAAAAAAGUACUAAAGAUAUAUAAUAAAAGGGAAGAAGACUUUCCUAGUCUAAGAGAAUAUAAUGAUUUCCUGGAAGAAGUGGAAGAAAUUGUUUUCAACUUGACCAACAAUGUGGAUUUGGACAAUACCAAAAAGAAAAUGGAGAUAUACCAAAAGGAAAACAAAGAUGUCAUUCAGAAAAAUAAGUUAAAGCUGACUCGGGAACAGGAGGAAUUAGAAGAAGCUUUAGAGGUAGAACGACAGGAAAAUGAACAAAGAAGACUAUUUAUACAAAAAGAAGAACAACUACAGCAGAUUCUAAAAAGGAAGAAUAAGCAGGCUUUUUUAGAUGAACUGGAGAGUUCUGAUCUCCCCGUUGCUCUCCUUUUGGCUCAGCAUAAAGAUAGAUCUACCCAACUGGAAAUGCAACUUGAGAAACCUAAACCUAUAAAACCAGUGACGUUUUCCACAGGCAUCAAAAUGGGUCAACAUAUUUCAUUAGCACCAAUUCAAAAGCUUGAAGACGCUCUAUAUGAAUACCAGCCACUGCAGGUAGAGACAUGUGGACCACAAGUUCCUGAGCUUGAGAUGCUAGGAAGACUUGGUUUUCAGAAACAUUUAGAAAGAAACUGAAGAAGUUACUCUGUGAAGUGACUUUUCAAAGAAUAAUUUGGUAUCUACGAAGGUGCUACUCUCAAGGUACAAGGAAUAUAAACUUUAGUUGACUUAAGGUAUAGUAGUUACACAUCUGUUCUAAGGGUUGUCCAUAUCUUUUUUAGAAGAAUACAUCUAAUAAGCCCUAGUUAUCCCUUUGCAAUGGGCUCUGCCCCUUUCCAUAAAACUCUAGCUUCUACUCCUCUCUCUUUUCCUGUUCUAACAAAUUUCCCUUUUAUAUUGUGUUAUCCUACAAAGGAAACAAGUUCUGUUUCUCUAGAGACAAAUAGAGAAUAAAUUACUGUAUUUCCAUCUUCUUAUAUCUGCUUUGAAAUCUGUAUGACAUGAUGAAGUUAAGAAUACUACAUUUUGUAGCUUCACUUUAGUUGGUGCAAAACUAUGGAUGCAGGCACUUUAAAAAUAAUUUUAAUUAUAUAUUUUUGGGAGUAUGUGGCAUAAUGUAUUGGGAGGUAUUGUGUCUCCAAAGAACUACAUUUUUGUCCUCAUGUAUAACUUAGAUAAAGGACAAAAUCAGAAGUAUAUUGCCAUGAGAUUUUAGGUGAUUUUUACUGGAAUCUUUUCUGAAGUUAGUUAAACUUGAGAAGUAGAUGAAGAAUAAAUGAGAAUUUCUCUUCAGGACGGUAUUGUGAGUAUAUAAUUAUAGUUCAAAUUGCACUGGCAGUACUUUUCUGGUUUUCUCAAGGCAAUAUGUAAACAUGUUUUAUUAAUUCUAUGCCAGUGGGAGCAAGCAUUGGGAAAACUUAAGUGCUAAUUGAGAUUCCCCAGACUGCAGCUGUAGUGGUUAGUUUAGUAAAGCCUCAUUGAUUGGCAUUGUGAGAGUGUCAUUCUAAUAAUCAACUGGCUUUCUAGUAAAUAUUUUACUACUUUCCACCCAAAGAAGAGUAUUUCCCUUAACUAAUAUAAAUUAGAAACAUUUAUCAAUUUUAUUCAUCAAUUUCAAAUUAUUUAGUCAACUAUCACUACUCUUUUAAAUAUAUAUGUAAUUUAUUUAAUAUAAACUUUUCAUUCAUGAACCUAUUACAGAGAUAAGGGAAAAGUGUUGUUUUAUAGGAUAAGCUAUAAUCUUUAAAUAAGAUGUAUAUUUUUCCCUUUUCCUUAUUUGUGAAUGUAAAUGAAACCAUUUGCUACCAGAUUUCUGUAGAAUAAAAUUUUAAUCUUCAUUUCUGUAGAAUAUUUUUGUAUGUUUCUUUGUGGUAGAGCGUUGUAGCCAAGUGCACACAUUCAUUUUUGUCUUUUCUGUUAACAUAACAGAUGUAAAUUCUGUGCUAUCAAUUAUAAGAGCUUUAAGAAAAUAGACUUAAACUGUGGUAGUUUAAUAUCC